AUGGACAGGAUCUUCAAAUUGCCAUCAACUACUUUCAUCGGAGGCAAUGAAAAGUCGCUACCCCUGCGCGAAAUUUUGCGCAGAUUGGAAUCGACGUAUUGCAGACAUAUCGGUGUGGAAUACAUGUUCAUCAACAGUUUGGACCAGUGCAACUGGAUAAGACAAAGACUCGAAACUCCAGGAGUCAUGGACCUCACGUCAGACCAGAAAAGGCUGAUUUUGGCCCGUUUGACUCGUGCUUCAGGGUUCGAGUCGUUUUUGGCAAAGAAAUAUUCGUCAGAGAAACGUUUCGGAUUGGAAGGAUGUGAAAUAAUGAUACCCGCCAUGAAGACGGUCAUCGAUAAAUCGACGGAAUUGGGCGUUGAAAGCGUAGUUAUCGGUAUGUCCCAUCGCGGUAAACUCAACGUAUUAGCCAAUGUUUGCCGCAAGCCUCUAUACCAGCUGUUCACGCAGUUUGCUGGCCUUCAAGCCGCCGAUGAAGGUUCGGGUGAUGUCAAAUACCAUUUGGGUACCUACAUCGAAAGAUUGAAUAGAACGACUAACAAAAACAUCAGACUGGCUGUCGUGGCUAAUCCAUCCCAUUUGGAAACUGUUGAUCCAGUUGCUCAAGGAAAAACCCGAGCUGAACAGUUCUACAGAGGAGAUGGCGAAGGAAAGAAGGUUAUGUCUAUUUUGCUUCACGGUGACGCGGCCUUCGCUGGUCAAGGCGUCGUUUUUGAAACCAUGCAUUUGUCAGAAUUGCCAGCGUAUACUACCCACGGUACCAUCCAUGUUGUCAUCAACAAUCAAAUUGGUUUCACGACUGAUCCUCGAUUCUCAAGAUCUUCACCGUACUGUACAGACGUUGCAAGAGUGGUGAACGCGCCCAUCUUCCACGUGAACGCAGACGAUCCGGAGAGCGUCAUUCACGUGUGCAACAUGGCGGCCGAAUGGCGCGCCACCUUCCACAAGGACGUCAUCAUCGAUCUCGUCUGUUACCGCAGGAACGGCCACAACGAGAUCGACGAGCCGAUGUUCACGCAGCCGCUGAUGUACAGGAAGAUCAAGUCUACCAAGCCGUGCUUGGACAAGUACUCGGAGCAGCUGAUCUCUGAGGGGAUCGUCAGCGAGGACGAGGUGAAAGACGUCAAAGAGAAGUACGACAAGAUUUGCGAGGAGGCGUUCGAGAGGUCCCGUCAAGAGACUCAUAUCAAAUACAAGGACUGGAUCGACAGCCCCUGGUCAGGAUUCUUCGAGGGUAAGGACCCCUUGAAAGUGAACCCCACCGGGGUCAUCGAGGAUACUCUGUUGCACAUAGGAAAGAGGUUCUCCGCACCCCCACCAAAUGCUGCUGAAUUCAUCAUUCACAAGGGUAUUGAGCGUAUUCUUAAAUCGAGGAUGGAAAUGGUGGAGAACAGAGUAGCCGAUUGGGCACUCGGAGAGGCAAUGGCUUUCGGUUCAUUGUUAAAAGAAGGAAUCCACGUCAGACUGUCUGGACAGGAUGUAGAGAGAGGCACGUUCUCUCAUAGACAUCACGUGUUGCACCAUCAGACAGUCGACAAAGCAACGUACAGACCUCUGUGCAACCUCUAUCCCGACCAAGCGCCCUACACCGUCUGCAACAGCUCCCUCUCUGAGUACGGCGUGCUCGGCUUCGAGUUGGGCUACUCGAUGACCAAUCCGAACGCGCUGGUCAUCUGGGAGGCGCAGUUCGGUGACUUCGCUAACACGGCGCAGUGCAUCAUCGACCAGCUGCUGUCCAGCGGACAGGCGAAGUGGGUGCGACAGACAGGGCUGGUGAUGUACUUGCCGCACGGCAUGGAAGGCCAAGGCCCUGAGCACUCGAGCGCUCGCCUCGAACGCUUCCUGCAAAUGUCCUCCGACGACCCUGACUACUUCCCCCCCGAAUCCGACGACUUCGCGGUGCGUCAGCUGCACGACAUCAAUUGGAUAGUUGCGAAUUGCACCACCCCUGCCAACGUGUUCCAUAUUCUGCGCCGCCAGAUAGCGCUGCCGUUCCGCAAGCCGCUCAUCCUGAUGACGCCGAAGAGUCUGCUGCGUCAUCCGGAGGCCAGGAGCUCCUUCGACGACAUGAUCGAUGGUACCGAGUUCCAAAGAAUUAUUCCUGACGGUGGCCCUGCCAGUCAAAAUCCCCAAGGAGUACAGAAAUUGCUGUUUUGCAGCGGCAAAGUCUAUUAUGACAUCUUGAAGGAGAUUAGAGAUAAAGGCUUGGAGUCCAAGAUCGCAUUGACUCGUGUUGAACAGCUCACUCCUUUUCCUAUGGAUUUGAUUAAGAAAGAAUGCGCGAAAUAUCCCAACGCCAAUAUUUCCUGGUUGCAAGAAGAACACAAAAACCAGGGUCCUUGGACAUAUGUGCAGCCAAGAUUUGAAACCCUUUUGUCUGGUCAACGAGAUAUUCGAGCAUCUGAUAAACAAACAGGAAAUUGGUUUGGUAGUUUGUUCGGUGGUAAAAAAUCACAACCUCCACCAAAGGAACAAACUGAGGCACCUGAUACUAGAGUUGUCAGUUACAUUGGAAGGGCUGUUGCUGCCAGUACAGCAACAGGUAGCAAGAAUCAGCAUCUCAAAGAACUGGCCAAUCUCGUAGAGGAAGCCUUAAGGAUAUAGGAGCACUCUGUACAUUUUAAUAAUUUAUCAUCAUGCAUUUAUCCCAGUUAUGUGAUAGGAGUACUCAAAUGUACAUAGUUUUUUUAUCAGAAAAAAUGAAAUAUUUUUUAUUUUACUGUACCCUAUUUAUGAAAUGCCAAUGCAUCAAAAUAUGUAAGUAUUGUAUUUAUUGUAUAUAAAAGUAGUACUUUUUCUUCUCCAGUAUUACAAGUACGCGAAUUAAAUAUCUGCUACAGAUUUAUCAAUAUAUUGUUCAUUUUAACACCUAUAUUUAUCAAUAUUUGUUUAUUUUUACACAUUUAUAUGUAUAUCA